CUUCGGACCCGCCCAAGCCUGGCCGGGAUUCGUCCGUCCGGUUGCCAGAGGGACGGGAAGAGGAGGAGGAGGAGGAGGGCCUGCACGGAGGCCGCCACUGGAGCGCUGCCCUCCUAGUGCCACACGGUCAAGUCCUUCCCACCAGCGCCACAGCAGCAUCCUCAGAGUCUGAGCGAACUGCGCUCGCUCAGAGCGGGCACGGAGCCUCUUACUGCCAGCAACCUGCGGCCCUGGAGAAGACCACAAGAGCAGUGACAGCGCCUCAACACCACCAUCCCACAGACCGCCAUGGCCAAGAGCCGCAGGGACAGAAACAGUUGGGGUGGGUUUUCCGAGAAGUCAAGCGAAUGGAGCUCAGAAGAGGAGGAGCCAGUGAAAAAGGCGGGACCUGUCCAAGUGCUCAUUGUCAAAGAUGACCAUUCCUUUGAGUUAGAUGAGGCUGCACUGAACCGAAUCCUUCUUUCCGAGCCCGUCAGAGACAAGGAGGUGGUUGCUGUGUCUGUCGCUGGAGCCUUUAGGAAAGGAAAGUCUUUCCUGAUGGACUUCAUGCUGCGCUACAUGUACAGCCAGGAAUCCGUUGACUGGGUUGGAGAUUACAAUGAACCGUUAACUGGAUUUUCAUGGAGAGGUGGGUCUGAACGAGAAACCACAGGAAUCCAGAUAUGGAGUGAAGUUUUCCUUGUCAAUAAACUUGAUGGUAAAAAGGUUGCAGUGUUACUAAUGGAUACUCAGGGAACCUUUGACAGUCAGUCAACUUUGAGAGAUUCGGCCACAGUAUUUGCCCUUAGCACAAUGAUCAGCUCAAUACAGGUAUACAACUUGUCCCAAAAUGUCCAGGAGGAUGAUCUUCAGCACCUCCAGAUCAUUUAUGACAAAGAGGUGAUACAUAGAAUAACUGCUGGAUGUAUUUCCAUAAUAAAAGCAACUACUUCUUCGCUUUUCACUGAGUAUGGCAGGUUAGCAAUGGAAGAAACAUUCCUGAAGCCUUUUCAGAGUCUGAUAUUUCUUGUUCGAGACUGGAGUUUCCCGUAUGAAUUUUCGUAUGGAGCUGAUGGUGGCGCCAAGUUCUUGGAAAAACGACUCAAGGUCUCAGGGAACCAGCAUGAAGAACUACAGAAUGUCAGAAAGCACAUCCAUUCCUGUUUUACCAACAUUUCCUGUUUUCUCCUACCUCAUCCUGGCUUAAAAGUAGCUACGAACCCAAACUUUGAUGGAAAACUAAAAGAAAUAGAUGACGAAUUCAUCAAAAACUUGAAAAUACUGAUUCCGUGGCUCCUUAGCCCUGAGAGCCUAGAUGUUAAAGAGAUCAAUGGGAAUAAGAUAACCUGCCGAGGACUGCUGGAGUACUUCAAGGCAUACAUAAAAAUCUAUCAAGGUGAAGAAUUACCACAUCCCAAGUCCAUGUUACAGGCCACAGCAGAAGCUAACAAUUUAGCAGCUGUCGCAACUGCCAAGGACACAUACAACAAGAAAAUGGAGGAGAUUUGUGGUGGUGACAAGCCAUUUCUGGCUCCUAACGACCUGCAGACCAAGCAUCUGCAGCUAAAGGAAGAAUCUGUGAAGUUAUUCCGAGGGGUGAAGAAGAUGGGUGGGGAAGAAUUCAGCCGGCGUUACCUGCAGCAGCUGGAGAGUGAAAUAGAUGAACUGUACAUCCAGUAUAUUAAACACAAUGACAGCAAAAAUAUCUUCCAUGCAGCUCGAACCCCAGCCACACUGUUCGUUGUCAUCUUUAUUACAUAUGUGAUUGCUGGUGUGACUGGCUUCAUUGGUUUGGACAUCAUAGCUAGUCUGUGCAACAUGAUCAUGGGACUGACUCUUAUCACCCUGUGUACCUGGGCAUAUAUCCGCUACUCUGGAGAGUAUCGAGAGCUAGGUGCUGUCAUUGACCAGGUAGCCGCAGCCUUGUGGGACCAGGGAAGCACAAAUGAGGCUCUCUACAAGCUUUACAGUGCAGCAGCGACCCACAGACACCUGUACCAUCAAGCUUUCCCUGCACCAAAGUCAGAACCCAAUGAACAACCAGAAAAGAAGAAAAUCUAAGUCAAUUUACAAAAUGCAGGUGCAUGACCAUUUGUCACUAUAAAAGCUUUCAUUUCCAUGCAAACAUUCAAAGUGCUUCCUUCAGAGCAGAGUGAAAACCAAACACCCGAGGACUCCAGCAGCUCAAUUCUUUACUUCCGUGAUUAAUAAGCAGAUGUAUGUGUGCAUGGGUAUGUGUUAACGUGCAGUUUCCUGAUUUUUGUCUUUAAAUACGCUGUUAUCAUUUCGGGUAUUUGUAAAUUUGAGGACAGUAGAUGUAUUCUGCUUGACUUUAAUAAGUUGUACUACUGGGUUAUAAUUAAAUAUUGUGAUAUCUCCAGGUUUGGAUAUGCUCAUUUAAUUUCUAUAGGAAAUUUCAGUUAUUUUACAUGGCUAUUUGUUAGCACAGCAUAACUCAGCAGGCUUGAUUUACUCUAUAUAAUCUCAUACAUACCACAGGCUCUUAUCUUGAAAUAUACUUAAGAGCUUAACAGUUGCUUUACCAAAAACUAUACAUUAUUUCUUUUAUAUUUGACUUAAUGUAGAAUGUAAAUCUCUUGAUCAAAAGUGCACAAAAUUGUUUUGUAUAUUUAUUUGAGUUUCACUGCACUGUAUAUUUUUUCAUUUGGUACACCAAAAAUGUAUUCUUCAUAGGUUUAUUCUUUUAAUAUGUGAACUAUUAAACUUUACUCUGGUUCCUAACAUUAAAACAAA